CGACAAAGAAAUAUUUUAGUUUAAAAGUUUGUCGUUAUUGUUAAAAUUGUCAAUUCAUCUUUCAAUUACUAGUUUACUGUGUUUUCUCGUUUCUGAAAUUAAAGAAAAUUUAUCAAAAUGAGUUUUGGAUUACCAUCAUUAAAACCGAAAGGUUAUGGACCUGAAAAUUUAGGAAUAAGUGAAGGAUUUCUAGGUGUUCCUGAAGUGAUGGUACAUGGUGCCAAAGGAGCACGAGCAGCCGUCGAACCAGUGCAUCCUUUACAACAUGCUUUAGCCACUGCCACACGACAUCAAAAUCAACUAAAUAUGGCAAUUUUACGAAGUACACAAGGUCUACAUGCACCUUUACGCAUCGCCAUGGAAUUAAAAGCUGUUAAUCAAACUGGACAUUUGCCAUUUUUACCUUCAACAAAUGUUUUGAGAGAUUCGCUUACAGGACGCGAUUUAGAAAUUGGAUUUGAGGAUAUUUUCAAUACUGGUGAAUUUAGGGAACAAUUAAUCCAACCACAUGCUAUGGUCGAAAAGAAAUUAAAUUUAAUUUAAAUAGAAUUUUAAUAACAUU